UUUGUCUUUAACAUAAUUUUUAUUUUGCCUGUCGUCUUCAUUCUCAUUUCCGGUAUGCUGAAGAAUUCCGUCAUCAAGCUUACUUUUUUCGCAUUUCGGGAUGUGAUUUUUGCUUUUGUUCUCCAGUGUCCGUCCAUGUUUUAACUCGAUUUUUUUGCCAUUCGGACUGCCUUUUGGGGGAAAUUCGUGUGGCUUGCUGAAAUUGCAAUCCAGAAGAAGGCUUUCCUUCUAUUUGUAGCUAUUGAAAGUUGUGGUUGGACUAUUUCUACGACUGUUUGCAGUAUGCUGUCGAAGCCGUGGAUUAUAAUGCUAUGUUGACUGCUUGUUUCUGGCGUUCAAAGGAUUUUCUGUUUGUCGUUUUCUUUUCAGUUUAGUUUGGAUAGUUCAUAUUUUGACAGUUGGUUUGUAGCCGAAUCUGCGGAGAUGCUACCCUCCGUGGACUUCUAUAGCUUUGGGAUCCUAGUUAUUUCAGCAUUCAUUUUGCAUAUUGGUCGAUUUAAUUUUUCUUCGGUUGUCUAUUUGCAAAAGAGAAAAUGCGGGUAGAAAAUGGUUUUCCCUUGAUAUCUGCUGUUCCGGGGAAAAUUUUAUUUGAAUCUGGUUCUAGUAACGGCUUCCUGAGGAUCUGAGGGUGUAUGAUAUUCCUUUCUUCAACUUGGGAAACUUUUUUAAUCUCUGUUACACACCAAACAUGAUGGGGUCCUUCAUCACCAGAGGUCUUGUGAUGGUUCUUGGUUAUACAUAUCCUGCUUAUGAGUGCUUCAAGACUGUGGAAAAGAACAAACCUGAAAUUGAAAAUUUAAGGUUCUGGUGUCAAUACUGGAUUAUAGCUGCAAUGCUGACAGUGUUUGAGAGAUUUGGAGAUGCUUUUAUAUCAUGGGUGCCAAUGUAUGAGGAAGCCAAGUUGGCAUUCUUUAUCUAUCUGUGGUACCCUAGAACGAAGGGAACAACUUAUGUGUACCAGACAUUUUUGAGGCCAUAUCUUUCAAAGCAUGAAACAGAAAUUGAUCACAACUUGCUUGAACUAAGAGUGAGAGCAGGCGACAUGGCUGUUCUUUACUGGCAGAAAGCAGCAAGCUAUGGUCAGACAAGAUUUUUUGAAAUUCUACAAUAUGUUGCAUCACAAUCAUCAAGUCCUCGCCCAUUGCAGCAACAGCAACAAACAAGCUCACAGCCUGUGAGGCAGUCUCGGGCGGCUUCAGCAGCUCACCAACCUGUUAGGCAGCAAGGUGACCAGGCACCUCCACAUGGGGGUGGAACUUCUCCUACAAAACAGAAGCAGGGGCCAGUUAGGGAUGCUGCUAUCGUACCAUCUUCACAGGCUUCAGUGGCUCCACAGGCCAAGCAACCUUCUCCACAGCCUCGGUCUCCAUCAGCUUCACAACCUCAGGGCCAACCAAAGACGACAUCCUCUGGGUCAGCCGCUUCAGGAACACAGCAAAUGCCUUCUUCAUCAACUGUAACACCUCCUCUCCCAAGCGAUGCAGGAAAAACUCCUGCAGGAACAGCACCGGCAGUGACAAAAGAUGGAACUGCCCCUGUUUCAGAGAAUGUGGUCAUCGAAGAUAGUAUUCGGGUAACCCGUGGGAGGCUAAGAAGGAUCCGUGGCAUAGGGAAACAGAACGGUGUAUAGCUUCUUUUUCUUUGUUUCCCCAUGUUUACUGGUUAGUUUCUAGACAGUUUGCAGUUGCAUUCUGAAAUGCUUUCAUGGAAGAUGGAAAUCAAUUAGUGAUUUAGAAUUUUAGUGAAUCUUAGUUUGAACUUA